AUUGAACACAGUUUAUGUUUGUAGAUGACUGAAAUUAAUUGGUCGAUUCACUAUAUAUAAGGAAACCAAGAUUUUAUCGAGCACACUCGUGAUUGAUUCGGUGAUUUGGAAUUUUGACUAGUCCCCAUCAGCUGAAUACAAAAAUGAAAGGACUAUUUCUCAUCGUCUGCGCGGUCAUUGUGGUCUACGUACACUCUCAGAGCAUUGAAAUAAGGUGUCCGGAACCCGUGAACGACAAGUUCACUUUACUUCCUCACCCGUGCAAAUGCAACAGUUACUACGUUUGCUACGGUGUAUUACAAAUGUCUAUGCCAUGCCCUGCAAAUCUUCACUUCAAUGCAACGGCACAGGUCUGCGACUGGCCAUGGAGCGCAAAAUGCACCCUUAACCCUGCUUGUCCACAAAAUGAUUUAAAUAACAAAGAAAUUACACCUUAAAUACUCUCUUUCUUAUGUACAAUAUGUUUAGCUUUAUAUUUGAAACUGGUAUUGGAAACAAUUUCUAAUUAAACUUUUGAGUUACCUGCGUGUACCUCUUCGACGAGAUGCGUUUUCCUUCACAGUUUUCAAAAUUCUGUUUAUUCGGAUUGUUUACUUAUCUGUUUAAAACUUAAAUUGUUCUCGUAUUAUUGUAUAUAUAUGUAUAUAUAAAGAAAAUUGAAUAAAUGGCAUUGUUUAUUAAU